UGUGUCCAAGGGCGGGACAGAAGCUGUGUCUGGGGAGAGCAGCGAGCACGCGGCUGCGGCGUGCGACAACGCAAAUGUGUACACCAGUGUUGGUGGGUCCUGGCGUUCACCAAGACUAACAGUCUGACACAGCGUCGACAAGAAGGUGAAGAGCAGGCUCGUUAACAAAUAUGGCCCUUGCAGUCGUCAGGGGGCGGCGGUGCUCUGCACAGGCUCCCGCUCGUGCGAGUUGGGUACCAAGCAUCCCACCGCGUAGUCGCCCUCGCCCGACGUCGCAUCCUCGCCGCACCCGAGAAGACGAUCCCAUACAGCCUCCGCCUUCGCCGCUGCUGUCUCUACCGCUCUUUGGCCACUGUCGCCCGUCGCCAGAGCAUACGCAGCUGCUCCCUUCGCUCCGACCAUGGCGCGUCACCGUCUCCUCCUCUUCCCGCCCCAGGCUCGAUCGUCUGCACGGGCCACUCCGAGUAAACCUCGUCUCUCUCAUCGUAUUUGGCACCUCCAUCUCUCGCAAGCCGCCAAGAACGCAGUCUGCGCGAUGCCGGCGCCGUCCCAUCCACGUUUACCAGCUCGCCACCCAUGAGCCACCGGGCUGAGCGCAGCUCUGCGAAAGACUUCCUUCACUUACAACAUGCCACUGUCUGUCGCGAAAGCCCACCGCCAGCAGCACG